UGGGAAAGAAAUUCGGAACCCUUCGAUGCUCCGACUCCGAGUCCCACCGUCCGUCUGAGUGGGAUCCCUAGCGGCAUUUGCAAUUUCCUAUCCCGACGACGGCAACGCAACCCUUUUGCGGUUCAAUCUGUCCGGCGUAGCCACAUCUGCAAUACUUUCCCCUCCGGCGGAAGGAGGCACUGCAUCAGAAUGUCUAUCCGAAACCCUAACAAGAAGAUUCGCAUAGACGGGGAAGCGGAAGAACACCACAUCGGCGUCGAUCGGUUGAGCAGCCUUCCAGACCAUAUUCUCCAAAGCGUUCUCUCCUUCUUGGACUGCACCAAACGCUCGGUUCAAACCUCUGUCCUCUCCAGAAGGUGGAGAUCGCUGUGGAAGCAGGUUCCCAUUCUCACUCUUCGUACCAAGCACUUCACCCCUUCCAGUUUUGCCCGGUAUGUCGGCGAAGUCCUGUCCCGCCGCCCCGAAAAUUGUAACAUCGACGUGAUUUACUACGCUCACUUGGAUUUCUCCAUAGACAAAGAGUUGUUCCACAGGGUUGUGAAGUUUGCUGCGUCUCACAGCUGUCAAGAAUUAGUUUGCGUGCCCUAUGAUGAUGAAGCUCUCGAUUCCUAUCUGUUUUUUCCCUUCGAAAAUAGCAAUUUGAGAACUCUGCGAAUAAGACGAGCCGCUCUGGAAAGUGGAUUUGGAUCGUGUGGGUUCAGUAUGCUGACCAUUUUGGAGUUGGAGGAGUGCUCGCUGCCUUGUGACACUGCAGCCGACCUUGAUCCAUUCGCUAACUUCCCCUGUUUGAAGGAUUUGAUAUUGUCUUGCUGUGGAUUUGAAGAUGACCAGUGUUGCUUCAACAUCAAUGGACCGCAGCUGGUUAAACUCCUGGUAUACGAGUUUGAUUGUUCUAAGUUGGAAAUAUUUGCACCGAAGCUCAAAUUCUUCGAUUACUUGGUUUAUUCGAAGAUCACAAGCUUGUUCAACUUAAGGCUUCCCUCCCUUGAUCAUGCUGAUAUUUCAGUAGUUCGCAGAUGCCAUGAUGAAAGAAACAUGGAAGAGAUGAAGGCUUGUUAUAUCAGCUUGUUACAAGGUCUGCAUAAUGCGAGUUCUUUGUUCAUGAAUGAUAGUCUCUUUGAGGAACUUGGAGAAGUAUAACUAGGUUCACUUAAAUGUGAUGGGUUGUGCUGCUGUUGCUGUUUGUAGAUGUCACCUAGCUGAAGCUCCUUAUGAACCUCGAGUAAUCAUAGGUUUAGUUAAUUUAGGAUGUAUUGCUGUUUUGACCUAAAAGCUGUACGUAAAUUAUGUUGUGUUCAACAUUUCUGAAACUCAUAGGAUAUUCCGAACGAAAAUCUUUCAUGGAAAGUGUCCAACAGUACUCAAUAGUAGCUUAAUUUGAGAAGGACUAUAGUGAGCUCUGAUCCAAAGAACCAGCAGCAGCUUUCUAUGCUAUGGUCCAUCCCUCCAGUUAGUCCAUAAUAUAAGGUCUUUAUUAUGUGAACGUACUUAUAUUCCCC